AUGGCAAGUUGCAAAGAAAGGUCUCGUAAAGGUGUAUCUGCCGAUGAGAAACGCAAGCGUAUUGAAAGUAUAUUUCAUGAAACAGGUGAAUUUUAUCAGCUCAAAGAUAUCGAGAAAUUAGGACCUAAACGAGGUGUUGUGUCACAAUCCGUCAAGGAAGUAUUGAUGAGUCUUGUGGAUGAUGGACUGGUGACAAUGGAUAAAAUUGGUACAUCCAAUUAUUUCUGGUCAUAUCCUUCUGCCGCAGCACAAACAAAAAAGAACAAGUUGAAUGAAGCAGAGAACAAGUACAAGAAGGAAAUGGAGAGAAAGGCACGCUUAGAGGCAUUAAUGGAAGAAGCUCAAGUGGGAAGAGAGCCUUCUGAUGAACGUACACAAGUAUUAAAUGCGCUUGAGGAACAACAAGAGACAACAAAGGCACUUCAUGCCGAAUUAAAAAAGUAUCAAGACAAUGAUCCCGUCUUGUUUGAAGCAAAAGAAAAAGGGGCACGUAUUGCAAAAGAAGCAGCCAAUCGAUGGACAGAGAAUAUAUGGGAAAUGAAAUCUUACUGUGUUAAUAACUUUGGUAUGGAACGCAGUAUGUUUGAUCAACAAUUUGGGCUUAAAGAUGAUUUUGACACCAUCCCUUAAAAAAAAAAAAAUCAUGUGAUACAGUGCAAUUCAUCACCCCACGCCUUUUUUUUUUAAUUCUGUACAUCAUUA